AUGACUUCCUCCCUCUCGCAAGAACAAGUGAGAUUUGUCAAUGAGGAAGAGGUCCAGGACUUUGAAACUACUGUAAUCGAGUAUGGAAGUGACGAUGAUAUCGUCUUCCAUGAUGCAAUUUCGUCGCCAGAGCUAGAAGACAAUGAAAUUGUACCUGACAUCACGAACACGAUCGUGAACACUACCACCGCUCCAAUACUCCCUCCUUUGCUUAAUGAAAGUUGUGCAAGGGCCAUCAGUUCAGUGUCGAUUGCUACUCGGAUCGCCCUAAGGCUUUCACAGAUCGUCGUAGAAGCAUUCUUUGAGACUCUGAGAUACUCUACAACAUCUUCUCUAUCAUUUACUCGGCAUGCUAUAGUAGCUGCUUUGUCGGCUGCAAGUAGCCAAAGAUCGAUUACAUCAUCACAACAGAUGAGUGAAUCGUAUUUCUUCACCAGAGUGCUGGAUCGGUACACUACUGCUGGUGUCUAUUUUGUACAUAAUAUCUUCUCAUUGGCUGAAUUGUUUUCGAUGAGCUCCUUCCACUUGGUCUCGAGAACAAUCCAACUGUCUCUAAAAAGUGCCGAAGAAGCUGUACGAGUUUUAGACGGACUCUUUGGCUCAACUGAAACAUCUAGGGCUCUAGCAGCUUUCGUAUAUCUAGUCAAGAAUGAAUUAGACCAAUGGCGUCAUGAUCUAGCAUUGACCUAUCCAGCACCAUUCGGCCAAGUGUUUGCAGUAGGAUCGGUGACAAAGGGUAUAACUGCAUAUAGCUGUCUACAAUAUGUCAGUCGAAAACGGCUCAGUGCAAAGGCAUUGAGACUCACACCUGUGUUUGAAGCCGUAAUACCCAGUGUCGCAACAACCCCUGAAUUAAGUCAGUUAUCCGACGCCUUGUCCCGACAUGGAUUUGAUAAAAUACCAGCUCGAGGAACUACGGUACCAUCUUUACCAUCACCUUCUCGCAGACAAGAUCUCUUGCCCGUACUUCAGCAUCGUCGAGGAGACUCUGCCGUAUGUCUAUCAGUACCUCAUGACGAGGAAUUCGACUCGGAAUCUUCAGCAUGGGGUCAAGUAAAACGUACUCUAUCGACUAGUCGCUUAAAAUUGGGUACGCCAUCCACUCCAAGAGCUAGUCGAUGGUCGUCUGGAACAAAUCCAACUCAACAAGACACAAAAAGAAGACAUAAAUCUCUUCCUAGGAAUAUCGGACUGAAUGUAGCAGUAUUCACUGAAACCGUACGCGAAACUGUAGUGAUGGUACAUGAUACCACUCAGCCAUCGUAUUUGAUACCAUCGUCACCAACACGUGAAAAAUGUAGUAGAGUUUUCGAUUGGAGUCAAUCAACCACCACAACAACAACCACAUCUUCAACAUCAAAAGCGCCAAAUGCUCCUAAACCGAACGAAGUACCUUCUUUACUACCUCUCAGUAGUACUAAUAGUCCUGAUCGUAUCAAUACCAGUAUAAAUAAUAGCCAACCUGCUCCUCAACCUGGUCCUGCAUCACCUAUGCACUCUAAUCUGCCGUCUAAUCGACAAUUAUGGGCUCGCUUGUCUAGAUUUCUCGGGUUUGCAUGUGGUGCAUAUGGAACACACUUUGUUCGUAUUUUGGGCUUGGAACGUGCUCAAGAGCCUGUUGAAUCAGCUGAGGAUCAUCAUCACAAUGUUCAGACGUUCGCAUCUCUCGCUGGCAUACCUCUGGAAUGUAUCUUGACGUCGUCAUUUACCAAACCAAAAGCCUUUGCUCAACCAACCAUAAAGGCACUAGUCCAUUACGUUGCCGUAGACCCAGCUACAAAAUCGAUAGUCUUGACACUUCGAGGCACUCUAGGCUUGUCUGACCUACUCACAGAUCUGACUUGUGAUUAUGCCAACUAUGCCACAGACGUAGCAACAGGAUUUGUACAUGCCGGAAUGCUGAAGAGUGCCAAGAAAUUAUGUGAAUCUGCCGUUGCUGAAGUAGUAGCUGGAGCUUUAAAACAAUAUCCUGGAUUUGGGUUGGUCUUGUGUGGUCAUUCGUUAGGAGGUGGUGUUGCUGCUUUGUUGGCUACGAUGUGGGCUGAUGUUCAGAAGGACGGCAGUUUUGUUACGAAGCGAGGGUUCCCGGAAGGGAGACCUGUGCAUUGUUAUUGCUAUGGCCCUCCCAGUACCAUGUCUGCUGAAAUGUCAAAGGCUUACAAGAAGCUGAUUACGUGUGUUGUCUUCCGAAACGAUGUGAUACCAUGUCUAUCACUAGGUCUUAUACGUGACUUCAAGACCGUGGCAGUAGCACUAGCACAAGAACGGGGCACCGCAGAAAAAGUGAUUUCACGUGCGCUACAUAUAUUUCGUGGAUCAGUACCUUCAGAUUGGGAUGCUGAUGCAGAUGAUGUAUGGGAAUGGGCUCUACUGAAGACGCUGCGUGCUGGCAUGUCGGCAGAUAAGACAUUUCCUCCAGGCACCGUGUAUUGGAUUCAAGCUACUCCUUCCCUUUGUAAUCCCUCGUCACUGGUGGUGGGUGGCAACAACAAGAAGGAUAGUAGUGGUGGUGCCAGUAAAAAUAGUAGUAAUAGUGUUGGCGGUGAUGGUUUUAUUGCUGGGAAAGGGAAUAAUAUUAGUGGUAAUAUUGGUGGUGGUAGAGCGUCAUCCUCGAAUCUACCACCACCACUGGGAAUCAAAACAACGUUGAAGGAGCCUCAGUCAUGUACUUUGACAAUGCAUCGAUGUGAAGAUGUUGAAGCUGCAUUCUCAGAGGCUCAUUUCUCUACCACCAUGUUUGCUGAUCAUGCACCUAGUAGUUAUGCUACGGCUCUUGAAGCUCUAGUAAAUGCUUCACGACACAUUAGUGGUGUGGAAGAGUAA